AACAAAUAGCAAUCCCCAAUUUCCUUUUUCAAUUCAAUUACUCACAUGGAUUACUUAACUUCUCUCAUAAAUAUUAUAUAUUUAUAUAGCCCCUCGAUUUCUCACUCUCUCCCAAUUUAACAUAGUUUGUUCUUCUUCUUCUUCUUCUUCUGCCGUUUAAAACUCGAAAUUAUUAAAUAUAUGGCAAUUAAGAUCACCAUACUUGGGCUUCUUGCUAUGUCUUUAUCACUAGUUUUGGCAUCUGAUCUUAGUCCUCUCCAAGAUUUCUGUGUUGCAGACCCAACAAUUCAAGUGCAUGUGAAUGGAAUAGCGUGUAAGGAUCCAAAAAUCGUUGGAGCUAAUGAUUUUACCUUCAGUGGACUACAUAUAGCCGGGAACACGUCGAACCCAAUUGGCUCCAGUGUGACUCCAGUCACUGUUUUCCAAUUGCCAGGACUCAACACUCUUGGCAUUUCACUUGUUCGUAUAGAUUAUGCUCCAUGGGGUACCAACCCUCCCCACACUCACCCUCGAGCCUCCGAAAUCCUCACAGUGCUCGAAGGUAGUCUAGAAGUUGGGUUUGUUACGUCUAGCCCUGAGAACAGGCACAUCACCAAGGUGUUGAAGAAGGGUGAUGUGUUUGCUUUCCCGAUUGGUUUGGUUCAUUAUCAGAGAAAUGCUGGAUCAGGCAAUGCUGUUGCUAUUGCAGCUCUCAGCAGCCAAAAUCCUGGUGUGAUUACAGUUGCAAAUGCUGUGUUUGGGUCGGUUCCUAAUAUAUCUAGCAAUGUUCUUUCCAGGGCUUUCCAACUUGAUAAGGGUGUUGUCAAUUACCUCCAAACCCAGUUCUAGACAGGCAACAAAAAGUUACCAAAACAACAAAGCCCAACAACAACAGAGUAUUUGUGAUUUGCAGUGAGGUUUUGCUUCUCUUUUUGAAUUGAAUUAUUUUUGUAAUUGAGUUGACAGUCAUUCUUUAGUUUCUAAUCUGGAUGUGAAUGGACAAUUUCAAAGCACAAAAUCGUUUUUGUUCACACAAAAGCAGGUAGCAGUUUCAGGGGAAAACAGAGUAAGGAACAGGGAAUGAAAACAGAGCAUAAAAAUGGUUUUUUUUUUUUAGCAGUUUGAAAUAGUUUGGCAUUUUCUUUAGAAAAAUUGCAUAUAGCCCGGAUAGUGUUUGAAAGAAAUAUUGUUCUUCAUCUAACAGAUUACCAAAUGAAUGAUUUUGGUGGAUGCUUGUUUGAAUGCCUGUUACAUAAUUUGUAACUUGGAAUUUUCGGUUUCAAUUUAAUUAUUUGCAUAGUCUAUUGGAAUUUUGAUGGACCGGUACUCUUUGGUUCUUUACUCGCGGUAAUGUUGUAUUAGUGGAUUCUUGGAUUGUCUAACUUACUCAAUUAUUUAAAUGGAGUAACAAAAC